GUCUCUGUCAUGCUAAUCUUCGGGAUAAUGCUGCUCUGCAGCUUUGAAACAAAGGGGGCGACUAACUGUAACAUGAUAGGGAAACCAGAGUACCCCCUGCUGUCAAAUGAUGGAGAUAUCAUUAUUGGUGGAGCUUUCUCAAUUCACAGUAAAAUAAAUUCGGAAAUACCUUCAUUUACUGAGAAACCGCAGCAUCUAAUAUGCAGCAGCCUUAAUUUGCAAGAAUUCCACUUUGCUCAGACAAUGAUCUUUGCCAUCGAGGAAAUUAACAACAAGAGCAGCUUACUCCCAAACAUUUCAAUUGGAUAUCAAAUUUUUGACAGCUGUGGCUCAACACUAGCCUCAAUGAGGUCAUCCAUGUCUCUGAUAAACGGCCAGGAGAUGACAGCAGAACAAACUUGCUUUGGAAAAACAGCAGUGAAAGCCAUCAUUGGAGAAUCUGAAUCUUCCUCGACCAUUGUACUGUCCAGAGCAACGGGGCCCUUCAAGAUUCCUGUGAUUAGUCAUUUUGCUACCUGUGCUUGUCUAAGCAACAGAAAGCAAUUUCCUUCUUUCUUCAGGACCAUUCCCAGCGAUUACUACCAGAGCAGAGCACUGGCUCAGCUGGUCAAACACUUUGGCUGGACCUGGGUUGGAGCAGUGAGAAGUGAUAAUGACUAUGGAAACAAUGGAAUGGCAACAUUCGUCGAGGUAGCUGAACGAGAGGGAGUAUGCAUAGAGUAUUCAGAGGCCAUACUGAGAACAAACACCAAAGAAAAGAUUGCUAAAGUUGUUGAAGUGAUUAAAAAGGGAAGUGCUAAGGUUCUUGUGGCAUUUCUGGCACAGGGUGAAAUGGAUGUGUUGCUGGAGGAGACUAUCAGACAAAAUGUAACUGGGCUACAGUGGGUGGGUAGCGAAUCCUGGAUUACAGCAAGACACUUGGCAACUGAAAGAGUUUCAAAAGUCCUUGCUGGUGCGCUUGGCUUUACUAUCAGUAAGUCAAAAAUCCCAGGUCUGAAACAAUUUCUCCUUAAGGUCAAUCCAUCUCAGAACCCUUCAAAUUCUCUUUUGAGAGAAUUCUGGGAGACGACAUUUGGCUGCCACCUUCCUUCCACCACCAGUCCCAAAACUGAGUAUGAUAAAUAUUGUGAUGGAUCUGAAAAUCUGAGUAAUGUGAGUAAUCCAUUCACAGAUGUAUCUGAGCUGAGGAUUUCAAAUAAUGUAUAUAAGGCAGUCUACACUAUAGCUCAUGCACUGCAUAACACGCUGACUUGCAAAUCCUCAAACGGCAUACUAAACAACAGCACAUGUGGAGAAAAGGAUUUAAUGAUUUCCAGCCAAGUACUACAAUCCCUUCAAAAUGUCAAUUUCACAAUGGCCUCAGGUGAGAGAGUAUACUUUGACAGGAAUGGAGACCCUUCUGCGAGAUAUGAGCUGGUAAACUGGCAGAAAACUGAAGCAGGGGUAACAAAUUUUAUAACUGUGGGUCACUAUGAUGCUUCGCUACCCAGUGAACAGCAGUUUGUGAUGAAUUCUGCUAAUAUAGCCUGGGCGGGAGACAGCCACAUGAAACCAAGAUCCGUGUGCAGUGAGAGCUGUCAGCCAGGUUUCAGACAAGCUGUGAUUAAAGGCAGACCAGUAUGCUGCUUUGAAUGUGUGAGGUGCCCUUCUGGAGAAAUCAGCAAUAUGACCGAUUCUGCUGAAUGCAUCAAAUGUCCUUCAGAGUUCUGGUCAAAUGAAAACCAAAGUAUGUGUGUUCCUAAGAAAGUGGAGUUCCUUUCGUUCAAGGAAAACAUGGGAAUACUUUUGACUGCAUUUUCAUUAUCUGGCGUAUCUUUAACUAUUGCAGUUGCACUCGUGUAUUACCACUUCAUGGAUACACCUCUUGUUAAGGCCAGCAAUACAGAGCUGAGCUUCCUGCUGCUCUUUUCAUUGACUCUGUGUUUUCUCUGUUCACUUACUUUUAUUGGUCGCCCCACUGAGUGGUCCUGUAUGUUGCGUCACACAGCGUUUGGGAUCACUUUUGCCCUUUGUAUGUCAUGUGUUUUAGCUAGGACAAUAGCAGUUGUGAUGGCCUUUAGGGCCACAGUACCUGGUACAAGUGUCCCUCAGUGUUCAGUGCCAUUACAAAGAAGUGGAGUUUUCUGUUGCACUAUUUUUCAAGUCAUUAUAUGUACCCUGUGGCUGUUGUUAGCCCCUCCAAUGCCAUAUAAAAAUGUUUCCCAUUUAGUUGAUAAAAUUAUACUAGAAUGUGAUCUAGGUUCUACUGUAGGUUUCUGGGCUGUGUUGGGUUAUAUUGGCCUACUGGCUGUCCUGUGUUUCAUUUUGGCUUUUUUGGCUCGAAAGCUGCCUGAUAACUUCAAUGAAGCUAAAUUCAUCACAUUCAGUAUGCUCAUAUUCUGUGCUGUAUGGAUCACAUUUAUCCCAGCUUAUGUCAGCUCUCCUGGAAAAUUUACUGUUGCUGUUGAGAUAUUUGCCAUUUUAGCCUCUAGUUUUGGUUUGUUAUUCUGUAUUUUUACACCAAAAUGCUACAUUAUUAUAUUUAAGCCAGAACAAAACACAAAGAAACAUAUGUUAGGCAAAGGCCAUGCAAAAUCACUAUAA